CCACCAAACUAACAGGAAAACCCAAGGAAAUAAGGCGACAUGAGGGAAAUAAUGGCAAUAAUGUGGGAGCUUGUGGCAUCCCUGCGCGCGCAUAGAAUCCUCUCCUCCUGCCCCGGCCGGCCUGGCGUGGCGUCCCUCUUAAUUACCGAUAACCAGAUGCCCAGACCUCCAAGAUGGCAGAUGGAAUGUUAUCAUUAUCCUGGAACAACCACAGAGCCACCUUCUGCCACAUACUAGCCACACUCAGAGAUAAGGAGCGGUAUACAGACGUGACAGUGGCGUGUGAGGGCAAGUUCUACCCCGUACACAAGCUGGUCCUGUCUACGUGUAGCGAGUACUUUGAAAAGAUCUUUGAGAACACGCCCUGCAAACACCCUGUCAUUGUGCUCAAGGAUGUCAACCGCAGCGACUUGGAGGCCCUGUUCUGCUACAUGUAUGAGGGGGCCGUCAGCGUGGCGCAGAGCAACCUGGGCCGACUAAUUAAGGCAGCAGAGGUUCUCAGGAUCAAGGGGCUGGCUGUACCAGAUGAGCCACCCAUAUCUGACGGUGGCGUCCGGCGGGGGGCGUCUUCACACCACCACCACUCCUCAGACGACCGCAGCAGCCCACACCCUAAAAGACGGAGACGGGAGGAAAGCAACAGCCACACACACCUUCGGACGCGUUCCUCCCCAUCACCCCCGUCAUCCCCCAGGCCCUCCCCGCUACACGAUAGGGAAGACAGUCACCCGGCGUUAAGGUCCCGGAGUGACAGCCAGUGGGGGGAUCAGGGUGCCAACGAGAGGGACGAUGGGGGUGUGGAUGGGCUUGGGGAAGACAGGAUGGGGGACCACUCUGCCGCCAGUCACACAGCCCCCACGCCGCCACAAGUAGAGGUAAUGAUGGACGAAACUCUAGUCAAGGAGGAGAUGAUAGACCAGGAGGACACCGGGCAGGAGGACUUGAUGGACUCAGGGAUGGACUACGCGUCGGUGGGCAGCGACUCUCGGCUGGAUGGCUCGGCGACGGGGGGCGGGGGCGAGGAGGACCAUAUUCUACCCGGCAAGUACGAGCCCAAGGCCAACCCUGGGCACCAAGCCAUUCCUGAGGCCGUGGUCGAGGCGCUGGCGGGACCUUCAGGGAUGCAAACGUGGUUGGGUGGGGGCGAAAUGCCUUCCGGGUUCUCUGGGCUGGAGGGCUACGCAGGGGCCGAGGGAACCCAGGACCUUCACGCGCCCUCCCAGGCCCCAGCGGCACACCAGCUGGUGUGGCGGGAGACAAUUUCUCAAGAGGGUGUGGGAAGGCUGCCCAGGGAAGGAUGCCAAGGGACUCCCGGCCCUGCCACCAUUAAACUCAGCUGUCCCUCACCUCCGUCCCCCUCCUCCACCUCCGCCUACUCAUCCACCGCUGCCUCCUAUCCUACUGUCUAUGCCUCCCUCUCCUCUAUUUCCACUUCCGUUGCUCCGUCAGUCUCCAUUUCUCCGCUUCCAGGCACCUCACUCAUCUCCUCCGCUCCCUCAGCCUCAUGCUUCACCUCCUCAUUCUACUCAAACCAGCAGGAUAUGCCUCCUCCCAAUCCUUCAUCUCCUCCGUCUUACACUGUCGCCAACCCCUCUCGUGCUCACUCCCGCCAACGCAUCCACUCACACCUUCCUCACAGCCUCCACCCCCUGCACAUCUCCCAUCUCCGGUCCCUCUCCCAGCCACCCCUGUCCCCUCCGCCUCUCUCUUCCACCCCAUUCCCUGGCUCACCCACCUCCUCCACCGUCAACGCCCCCAGCCUCGACACCACACAAAUGGAUGAUCGGAAGCCAUUUUCCUGCGAGUACUGCCCUUACAAGACCACAAGGAAGACUGCCAUGAAGGAGCACAUCAACAGCCACACCGGGAAGAAGCCGCACGCCUGCCCCUUCUGUCCCUACCGCACCUGCUGGAAUUCCUCUAUGGUGGUCCACAUGAGAACACACACUGGGGAGAAACCUUACUCUUGCCCCCACUGUAGCUACCAGGCCACCCAGCGGUCCUCCCUCAAGGCCCACCUUCUCACCCACCAGUCACAGUCACUCAUCGCUACCACUGCAACCACCACCAUCACCACCCCCACACCUACUUCUAUUACCACAUCCUCUCCUGCUGCUACUACCACUACUACUACUAUUGAUGAUGAUGAUGAUGAUGAUGAUGACAACCCUGUGUGUGUUAUCUCAUCUACCGCUUCAUUGAACUCCUUAUCCAACCCUUCCUUGCCCCCCAUGACCUCACCUCCUCUACCUCUCAGUCCUCAACAAUCCAUGACAGUGUUGGAUUCCGCUCCCUCCGUUUUUGGCCCUCAGCAGAAUGCCCCCCUCUCCCCUCCCACUCUCCCCAUAUCCCAGGAGUCUCCCUCGUCCUCCCCGCCACCUUCCUCACUCAGCCUCGGUAUGUCCCAGCAGUCCUCGUCAAUACCAUCAUCAGUUGCUGCUUCCGUUGCCUCGACCCUCGCCUCCCUCCUCCCCUUCCAGCACAACCCAUCAUUCUUCCCCUCCGGACUCUCUUCCCCUGCGCCUUCCCUCACAAACCACCACCCCCACCACACACCUUCCUCACUCUUCUCACACCUCUCCUCCUCCUUUGCCAUGCCUCCAUCACCCUCACUUGCCAUCCUCCAGUCCUCACCCCUUCAGAUGCCCCAGACCCCCGGCGUUGCCAUCCCCCACUCCCCAUCUCUCAGCACUCAGCAAGCCCCCUCCCUCUCCUCCCACCAGUCCCCUCUCCCCCGUUAAUCACUUCAGCCACCUAGCCACCCUUGCUGACGGGUGACCACACUCCUUACUAAGAGGUCUGAUAGGGACACUAGUGCAUGAUUGUGACACAUAAAGUUUAAUACAUAUACAGAGAAGACCCAUUACUAGUACACGCCAAUACUCAUGCUUUGUUUUGGUGCUGUGUUCCCGUCAGAGUGAUCCAGAUAGACUCGGUGGGUGCUCUUCCAGGGUUUCUCUCUCCCUCUCCUUACUUCCCUUCCCCAAGUUCACAUACUUGAUGGGUGUUUGAAAUAUGUCACAAGGGGUUGCUUUUACAUAGUUUUUUUUUCUCUCCAACUGUGUAUUGUAGUUAAAGGCUUGUGUUCAUUUUUUUACCAUUUAACCAUAAUUUUCUCAUUGCUUAAACAUCAUGGUCAGCUGGUGUUUCUUUUGUAUUUGCACAUGAUUCACAAAUGCAUCAGCCAUUUGACUCACACUUGUUGGACGUCUCCUCAAAGGAGGAAGGAAAACACCCUUCCCAGACGCCACUCACCUCAAGAAUCCCGUGCACUUACAAAAAGCUGUUAGAGUUGAGUCUCAUACUUCUGCUUUAUGCUGUGUUCAGUGUACCCAAUGGUUGUGAAAAGCAUUUACUGUUUCUGAAGAAAUAUUUCAUUACUCAUGACAACUUGGUAUAUAUAUAUAUAUAUAUAUAUAUAUAUAUAUAUAUAUAUAUAUAUAUAUAUAUAUAUAUAUAUAUAUAUAUAUAUAUAUAUAUAUAUAUAUAUAUAUAUAUAUAUAUAUAUAUAUAUAUAUAUAUAUAUAUAUAUUUAUAUAUUGACAUGCAGUUUAGACAAUGUACAUAGUAUUUAGUAUCAAAAUACCACUUAAUGUAUUAACCCAUCCAUAGCUUGGUCGUACAUACCAUAAGCCUCAUGAAUCUCAGUCGUGAGACACAACCUAUACAUGCGUGUUUCUAAUAGAGCUUUUUAGAAUACAGACUCGCCUUGCCACAAGCUUGCUAAUGUCUUAACCCCUUCACUCCGGCGACGCCGACAUCGGCGUCCGACAGUGUCACCAUAUGGAAAGGGCUAGGCCUCUUCUAAACCUCUUAAUCCUCUUCCAUUUCCUCUUAAUCCUCUUCUAAAUCUCUUAAGAGGAAAUGGAAGAGGAUUAAGAGGAAUUUAGAGGAGGAUUGAGAGGUUUAGAAGAGGAUUAAUCCUCUUCCAUUUCCUCUUGACCCCAUCCAUACUGUGACGCCGACGUCUGCGUCACGGAUGGAAAGGGUUAACCAAACAAGUUUUCUCAAUUUAGAGGAAGUAACUGACUGACAGGCCGGCAGCCCUGUUCAGUGUUAGCAGAGAAGCAAGUGCAGAAAACUGUCAUAUUCCAAAGUAUUUCCUGUUCCUAGUAUUUACCUCAAAGCAUUGACUGUCUGUGAAGAUAUUCAUGCAUUUGAGAGUUGUUCCUGGUUCAUAUGUUUAUAGCAGCGAUGAUAGGCUCCUUAGAUCAUUUUUUGUUCUGGUGCACUGAAACCCUGUCAGUUGUGUGUUAUGUUAUCAGAAUGGCAGAAGACACCUGAGAAUUGAUGUGUGUAAAUUGAUAUUAAGUGGGGAGGGAUUUGGGAACUUUGGGCAUUGAAGAGGCUGAGGCAAGGGACAGGAAUAGUUUGAAGCAUGUCAACUUAAAAGAUUGUGGGGAAAUCUGAUGUUAAACAGAUGCUGGGGAGGAUGUUUAAGUAAAAAAAAAGUUCAAAAGCUCAUUUCUUUAAAGUAUAGUACAAGUUUAGUCUCUAGUCUUAUUAUUUUGGAGGGAGAAGAAAAUGAAACUCUGUAGAAACCCCAACCUACUGUGUAUUAUUAAGUAGUAUUGGGGGUUCCAGCUGAGGGGGGGGGGGGGUCGAUUCAGUCUGCAUUUAGCAAGUCUCUUAACACGGUAGCAGCAGGGAUCAUGUUUCUUAAUGGUCCCUCCAAGCGAGAAAAAUGAGAAAAAAUCACCCCUCACACAAACCAUUUCAUAGUAUACAUCAAAGCAUUUGUGAUCAGAUUAUGUAUCAUCUAUUUUAGGGGGUUUAUAUCAUGGCACAAAAUUGGCCCGUCGCUGCUACACGGUAAAGCCACAAAUUUGGCCCGUCGCUGCUACCGGGUUAAGUAGUAUUGGGGGUUCCAGUGGGGGGGUGAGGUGUCGAUUCAGUCUGCAUUUAGUAAGCCUUUUAAGCAGGGAAGCAGCAUGCUGUAUUAUAAGGGGUUGCAUAUGGUGCUGUUGCAUGUGCUCAUUUUAGUUUUCUGGUUUUCAUCAUUUAUUUAUUUUCAUUUCAAGUUUUUUACCUAUUUAUUUUAUUUAUUCUCUUCUCUUUCUUCCUUCCUUUCAUCUUAUUCCUUUUUGUCAUUUCAUUUUCUUUGUUUAUCCUUCUAGAUCGGCCUGACUAUAGGUAGGGUGGUUAGCCAGUACAGGCAUUCUCAGACAUACAAAAAAUAGCUCUCGAAGGUUCAUCUUUUCUCGGCAAAGAUUAGUAGUUUCAUUAAAAGACAUCUUCACUUCUCACAUCGGCUAUUUCUAAAGGUCAAAGAAGGGAUCAAUCGGGUUCUAGUGAGUGGUUUCUUUAGGUUCGUGGUACAGAAGAAGGGUCAAACUACUCCUGGAAAUGCCCAAAACUUAUACGAAAGCCUUGUCAAAGAUGUGUGUUUGUGUGACGAAAUAUUUAGUUAUACGGCUCGAAGUUAGACCCACCAAUGUUCCUGUGUCUGGUACGAACCUUACUGUAAUACGAUUGUGAUGCCUUGUUCUUUCCGGGCCUUUUUUUUUUUCUAUAAUUUGCCAGUUUCAUGUAAUUUUUUGUUAUAUUUUGCCUCUCAGAAUUUUGUAUUUUUUGGAUAAUUUGCCACUUGAUUUUUCUUUCAUUUGGAUAAUUUGUCACUUUGUAAUUUCUCUUCCAUUUGGAUAAUUUGCCGUUUUCAUAAUUUUUCCUUUCUUUUGCCACUCGUAAUUUUUUGUUUUUGCAAUUUCCCACUUUGUAAUGUUUCUUUUCUUUGGACAGUUUGCUACCUAGUUUUUCUUUCAUUUGUCUAUUAUGUCUCUUUCCUUACCAUUUUUCUAUUGCUUUGGACUAUUUGCCACUUUAUCAUUUUUUCUCUCAUUUUGAUCAUUUGCCGCCUUCUCUGCGAGGCCACGAAAACACGUGCUGUGAAGGAGACAGAAGGAAGUUUCUGAUGUAUACAUGUUGGUGAGUCACGGAGGGGAAGGGCAUUUGGGCUUUGGAAUGUCUGUUCUCCAUCUAUGAGUAUUCAGAGGGCUCAUUUGGUUGCUACGAGGCUGGAUCUGCUUUUGUUGCCAACGCUUUUUAGUGUGUAAGCAAGUGUUUGAGUAGUGUGUGUAAAGGUGGGAGGGAGUACUCAAGUGCAGGUUUCUACAGGCACAGACUUGGAUUCCUUCUCUGGGACUUUAGAUGAUCUUCAGUUAUCUGUUUGUUUGAACAUGAUUUAAGGUUGGGAAAGGAGAAAGGAAGAAGUUAGGUAUCGAACUGGUUAAUGAAUGUUGAAUAAACAGUUAAAUUCUUUGUGCAGAUCCAAUUGAAAUUUCAAAGGAAGGUCAAGGAUUUGUUUACUGCGAUGCACAGGUCGAGCUGACUGGCCUCUUGCCAACCACUAAUAUCCUUGUGUGUAAAGAAAUUCAGAUUUGUUAAGCAUUAAAAUCCUAAAGUGUCAUUUUAUUUUGGGCCUGUGUGUAUGUGUGUUUGGGAGUGAGCCAUUGAAUGUUUUAAGGAUGUAUUAUUUUUCUAUUAUAUGAGAGCUUUCAAUAAACUUCUAUGGAAUU